AGCAGUCAGCCCUCUUGGUAUCGCGCGUUUACCCACGGUCAACGGUCAAGAAGCAGCGACCGGUUCGUGCGUGCGGUCCGUUGUUCGCAGUCGUUCGUUCAUUCCCUGUCGAUCGGAUUUCAUCUCUUCCGUUACGGAUCAGCUACGUGAUACGAAGUAAUAUGACAACCGAUCCGGAACGCGCCGUCAAUACUAGUGCUACGGAAUCCGUCGAAGACGAAGAUGAUAGCAACCAACGCAAAAUUUUACGUAGCACUGAAGUGUUAGAAGCUCUUCGAGAUUGUAUUACUACGUCACCAUUAGAGCAAAUGCAGUCUCUUCCUGCUCCUGUCAAACGCAGGAUUAAAGCACUGAAACAACUGCAGCUUGUCACUACUAAUAUUGAGGCUAAAUUUUAUGAGGAGGUCCAUGCUUUGGAAUGUGAGUACUAUAAAAUGUGUGCGCCUUUAUAUCAGAAGCGGAGUGAGAUAGUAUCUGGUACAUAUGAGCCAACGGAUGAGCAAUGUGUUUGGGAGAGUGAUGAUGAUGAAGAAACUCUAAAUAAUUAUAUGAAAGAAAAGGCGAAGAUCGAGGGUAAUACAGAGAACAAGGAUGAAACAGAAAACGAGGAUGACACUAAAGGCAUCCCAGAUUUCUGGCUAACAAUAUUUAAGAAUGUAGGUACAUUAGCUGAUAUGGUUCAGGAACAUGACGAGCCAAUCCUGAAACAUCUAAGUGAUGUUAAAGUCAAAUUUCUAGAAUCGAAUCCAAUGGGAUUUGUCCUCGAGUUUCAUUUUACACCAAACGAAUAUUUCUCAAAUUCAGUGCUCACUAAAGAAUAUAUCAUGAAAUGUACUCCGGAAAAAAAUGAUCCAUUUAGUUUUGAAGGACCUGAGAUAUAUAAAUGCAAAGGCUGCGUUAUUGAUUGGAAGAAAGGCAAGAAUGUAACAAUAAAAACUAUUAAGAAAAAUCAGAAGCAUAAAUCUCGAGGAUCUAUGCGUACCGUGACCAAAACAGUUCAAAAUGAUUCUUUCUUUAAUUUCUUUAGUCCGCCAAUCGUGCCAGAAGACUCGGAAGCUGACAUAGACGAUGAAACCCAAGCUAUAUUGACCAGUGAUUUCGAAUUAGGUCAUUAUAUUAGAGAACGCAUAGUUCCUAGAGCUGUACUGUACUAUACAGGCGAAGGACUAGAGGAUGAAGACGAAGAUUAUGAGGAUGAGGAGGAUGGGGAUGAUGACGAUGACGUCGAUGAGGAGGAUGAGGAAGAAGAAGGUUCAUCUCCUACUAACGCGCCUUCAGAUCAAGCCUAGAACUCUUCAACAUACCAGUGAUACAAAAAAGAAAGAUAAAAAAAAUUAUGCGUACACCUUCCUUUUACUCGCCGUUGACGAUGAGUAGAAUAUAUGCGCCUUAUUAUACCUGUGCUAUAAGAUCUAAUAUCAUAUAUGUAUACGGUAAUUGCUCUCACUCUUGAACACUAAUUAUUGUCAAUUUUUAAUUGCUUUAUUUUAUACGACUUGUUACGUUUAUAUGCGCCGACAGAGAGGUUGUUUGAAUUCUUUUCCGAAGAAACGCACGUUGCUCUAUGGAAAAAAUUUUUGGGUACUGUUGAAGCAUUUUUAAUAUAAAAGUGGAGAAAAAAAAAUUUCGCUGCUUCAGUUGUUUUUCAUUCCUCUUUAUUCCUCUUUGCAAAAUAUCCUUCCAAAGCGUUCGUAAAGAGAACGAAUUUUUGGUAUUAUUUACAAUUAUAUAUUAAUCAUGCUUUUCUUCUAUAUGAAUUCAUAUUACUCGUAGAGGAAACAUUUGAUACAACGAUUUUGUGUCAAAUCGAAACGAUUCGGAAUAAUUUAUAAUAUUUUUAACGUGGUAUAAAAUCCACUAUGUCAGAUAUAUAUAUAUAAAAAUAUAAAAAAAACAUUCGUACAUUACAUUUUCAACUUUUUUCAAAGAAGAACGGCGACAUCGUAGAAUCAGAAGAUACAAAAAAAAGGACCACUUUUCAAAACUUUGUUUCAUCUUCACAAAACAUACCUUUUGAAAUUUAAUAACACUAUUAUGUUAUUUUUAAUUUUUGAUAUAUAUAAAAGUAGAGGUAGUUUUGAUUUAUAUCUUGAAUAUACCUAAUGUUUUUGCGUAUAUGUCGGAGAGGAGUCAUUUAUAUUUCACAAAAUUAAUAUAAUCAUUGGAACAUUUUAGUCCUUAUCUUCAAUUUGACGAAACUGUGAAAUAAAUGACGUAAUUUACAAUUAAUGCAAAAUCAAAUAUGCAAUGGUGUAACGAUGUAUUAUGAUUCCAUAACAUUUUUUUAUCUAUAUUUGAAUUCAUAUAUAUGAACAUAUUCUCAUGCAUAUUAGAUUUGAUGAACACCUAGGUAUUUUGAGUUUUAUAUUAAAAUGUGGCAAUUAUGCUGUGCAAAAUUGCGCGAGAAAUUAUAUAAUCGAAAACGGGGGUGCGUCAUCGAAAAAUGGAUGCAUUAAUUAUUACGAAUUUGCGCCGUUACAUUCAUAAAUUAUGAAUUAAUGGAUGGAUAUAGAAGAUAAUAUAUGUGUGUCUUUAGUACAGAGAAUAUCACUGUUGAAGUGAUUUGUGUCACGAAGAAAUUAACAAUAUAAUCUUGCACAGCAUGUAAUCUACCGCUUUUGUAUAUAUAUAAUGUAGUACAGGGAUAUAUAUAUA